AGUAUGUGUGUUACUGCUUUGAAAAUCUAUUGAAUUAAUAUAAUUUUCUUAAAAAAAAUUGCUCUAUUGUUAAAUUUCUAAACUUAAUCUCAUAACAUAAUCAAUAUGCUAAAAUAUCCAUACUUCUAACGUUUAAACAAAAAAUAGCUAUAGGUUUGCCUGGGAGUGAUUGCUAGUUUUAACCUAACAAGUUGGUGGGGAUAUUUGUGUAUCCUGAACUGUCAAGCCAGCUACAAUUGCCUUGGCGCCAAUUGGAUUUUAAAUUUGCAAUUUGUAAAGUAACAUGUUGAGGUUUACCCUUGGGUGGCUAUGAUUCGUCUCAUUUUUUUUCUUUUUUUAGUCUCUUCUGAAUAGCUGCCUUGUGGCCAAUAUUUGGUGAUUAUUCAGCUGCAGAUCGUGAUAUGGUAAUCUUCCCAAGUUAGUCACCUUCUAUGAUGUUUUUUUUUUAUUUUAGCUUCCCAUGUACAACGCUUCACAGUUGGCAAAAAUUAGGCAAUUGUUUUGCCGGAGAUUCUGAUACGGAAGUCUUCCCAUUGUGAUGAUGACCAAUACCUACUCUGCUCUUCAUAAAUCUUUUGAAUACCUUUGCUAAACUACAGACAAAGCAUACACUACAUGAUAUAAUAUUUUAUUUAAUGUGAAAAUUUCAUUAUUUUUUAUUUAAACAAUAUCUUUCAUGGGUAUGAAUUUUGUCAAAGUUCCUGUAAUUUAUCAUUUUUAUAAUAUUUUACAAGUUGCGUUUACCAACCUUAUCAGCCUAAAAAAUACUUCCCGAUCUCUACGAGUCACCAAAUUAGUUCUCUUAUCAUUAUGUGGAAGUUUCGAAGGGAAUUUUCAAUAUAAAUUGCUUAUUAUAAACUUUAUAAUCUUUGGAGGAAGUGUUUAUAAUUUUUUUAAAGAAACUUCUUUAGAUUUUUUAUUUGUUGGUUUCUUUUUACUGGCAUCAUUUUUGUCAAGAUUCUGUGAAACUGAUUCUCAUUCGAUUGAUUACUAGGUUAUUCAAACCUUUUAAAAGAAUGAAUUCUUUGUGCCUCAUCAGGUUUCAGAAGACCACUUUCUUUUCAUGUUUCUCUCAUCUUAAGAUGUUACAUGCUUCAACUAAAUUUAUAACUCCAUCUAGAGCAUCCAAUUCUUCUUUUCUGAAAGCUACAAAUCCACUUCAAACUCAGGCCUGCUCAUUUUGGGAGACUUUUCCAGCUCCUAAUUUAAGUCACCAUGCAAAAGAUGGAUUAAACAGGGAAACAAACACUUUAAUCUACAAAUCAAAAUUGUUCAACUAUGCAUUUUAUUCACAAUUUGUCAGUAUUUUGGGCUUUUCUGUUCAGUUAGUUUAUUCUAUAAAAUAUGCUUAUCAAUCAGCUGUAUUGCAUGAGCCUGUGGUUUUGAAUGUUGGACCUUUUACAGCAACUUUUGAUUUGUUGUCUCUAUUUAUAUUAGGCAUUUUUACUUUGCAAAAUAUAGUUCUCUUCCAUAUGGCUCAAAGAGCAUUGUUGAGAAUUUAUCACAGGCCAAAAACAGAUGAUUAUGUGUUUGUAACCUUAGCUCUAAAUCCUUUCAAAUCUCGUCUAUUUUUAUGUAAACCUGGUGAAUUAGAAGAUCUCAAAAAAUAUGACCUUAGGGCUAUGAUGGGUAAUUAUGCAGUGCAUGGUAGAAAAAUAUUUGUUUUGUUUGAAAAUUUUAGAAGUGCUCAUCAUUUUAAUAAGCUUACUGAUAAAAUGCCUUAGUUUUACCUCCUCCUAAGUUUAUAUUGUUCUAAAAUUGUUUGCGUAAACUUCAGAUAAAAUUCACAGAUAAAAUAUUUGAAAAUUUGCCUAUUUAGAUUGAGGUUCAUAUUUUUCACGCAUCUUUAUCCUUUUUUAAUUAUGGUUUUUCAAGACUAAUUUUUUUCUGUAAUUUAUUAAUUUUCGCUAAUUGCCAAUUAAGAAAUUGUAAUAACCUCGGGAAUUUCAAUUCUUGCAUCACAUCAAAUUUUAAAGAUGAUUGGCCUUUCUGUUAACUACUUUGUAUCCACUUUUAUCAUGAUGUUUUAUAUGUAAAUUCCAUAAAAUAUUUAUGCAUAAACCUAGUUUAAAGUUUAUAUAUAAUAUAUAUUAUUUCCUAUUUUUAACGUUAAACACAUUUCAAUGCUUGAUCAGGAUUUUUUCUAAAUCUCUCUCUUAAUUUUAAUUCUUUAUGAAAUAUAAAAUUUUUGUAAGAAAUUAAUUACUUAAUCCUAUUUAAGUUGCUUGAUCUCUAGGUCAACAAUCGAAUAUAUACUAUGGUACUUUUAAUUAUGUUUUAUUUAACUGCAGAAAAUAUUUUAUUUAGUGGAAAGUCU